AAACCUUUUCACGAUCGUCCGGAAUUACUUUUGGACGCCAAAAGUAGUGUGUUGCCCUGGCGAGAAGCAUUCCGUCGUCGUUUAGUCAAGUUUUCUCGUCGUUCUGCUCGUGGUCACUGUCUGGCAACCGGUUCUCGGCCCGCCUCAACUGCUGUCUCCCCGAGGCACCACCAACUGGCCGGUCUUCCCGACAAUGGGGCCUCUUCGAGUGAAGAUGAUGACGAGCUGGACGCCACGGCGGGCACUUAUCUGCGUCGAGUGUCCCGUCUACGCAACUUGUCCGGCUACUACUCACCUCCUCUGCCCAACCGGGCCGGGCAGCCAACAGUCAGCUCUGCCGCCAGCCUUGGCAGCGUCCUGAAGCCGGCUACACCGUCGGCCGGUCGACGACAGUCUCUAUCGCCGGUUGUGGCGCCUGCCGCUGCCUCCAGCCUCUCUCAGAGCCCCGGGGGCGCUAGGCAACGAGAUCGUUCUCGAGGCCAUGCUACCGCGGUUGCCGGCACACAGAGGCAGACGAACAGUGUCUACACACCCAUGGCCUAUCCACGGACCGGUGGCCUCAGCAUGCAACAGGAUGCGGGCCCAACGCAAUUGACUUUGGCACCGGUACCGGUACCG